AAGUGGACAGGUGGAGUGGUUUACAUUGUCUCACAUAUAACGAGGUUGAGGAAUUGCGCAUACGAUCACUUCCACUUUGUCUCCACAAGACCACGAUAAUCACAUAUGACAAUCAAGGCAAGCCGUUUCAUUAAUACACUCAUGGAUGCACGCCUAUUUCAGGUCUGCUCAUCUGCUGCCUAUAACGCCAAGAUGAUAUCCAGGCUAAUUAUCGCGCCCUCCAUAGAACUACGGAUGUUAUCUUCCCCAUCAGUGCUCGGCAACGGAUCUAGAACGUUUCUGUUUCGUUCUCGUCUUCCACAAGUAGACGUACAGAGUCCUUACGCUGAUCCUACACGUAUAAGAGUUGAAGCUCCGGAUGACGUUUUUAUUACAGUGAAAAGUCCCGAAGAGAAUAUCGCUUUGGAUUUACCAAAUCCAUUAGUUGGAUUAUUCACCAAAUUGUCCACAUUUACCAAGAAGCUCUCUUGUUUUGGUGUUAAUCAGAAAGAAAAGCGCUGAUUAAGAUCUUUUUAUCAAUACUGUAAAAGCAAACGUUUUCGAACCGGUAGAAUAACACAGCAGGUUGCGGUCGGAGCUUCGAACUUUGAAGAUGAUAGAUGCACAUAUUGGUUGAUUUUAAGUGUUUAAGUUUUGAUGUAAAAGAACUUGUUUUAGAAAUCCGCUUUGAUAUAUUUCAGUAUAUUCAGUUUCAAUUUCAGUAGUGGUUGAUAUAUUCAGUAGACUUUGAUAUAUUUCAGUAGCAUCAUUCAGUAGACCAAAUUCUCAGAGAAAUGCGUCAUGCCGAAUGAGCAGUUUCCAUUACUUUUUGCUUUUUCAAAAGUUUAAUCUCUAAUGUAGCAAGCGAUAUUUUAACAUAGUCCGAUAAUCAUCAGGUUUUCCAUUUGUCUGCUGUUCUGAAACAUGAAUAAUAUGUCGUAAUAUCUUUUUUUUAUUGGUCAAUUUCUUUUUGGUGAUGAUGGAUUUGUGUUACAAGUAGCAAACUAAUUUGAUGCAGAUUAGAACUGAAGAAUAAAUUCUAGCUAAGUUCAUAUGAUCUCAUAACUGCGCUGCAAUUGUUCCUAUUUUGUAUUAUGGAGUGAAGGAUUUUAAAUUGUCAACUGUGGCAAAAGAUUCAUUCCUGUACUCAGC